AUGAUGGAACAAAUAAAUACGCCCAAACCACCAGAUUUCCAGAAAGUUCCAGAAGAAUCUUUGAUCUACGGCUGUUUCCAGGGACACACAGAGAUGGACAUUAACUGCUGCUGGAAGAUCGUGAAAGAAGUACUGAGGGAAGCACUGAAGCUUGCCCAUAGAGUCCCAGACUGGAUACCUGAUGAACAGGUGAAGAUGUGGAAGCCCCCUGUUUGUCAUAUCAGGAGCCUCACUCUGGCAAAUCAUGUCCUUGAGGCUUGUGAAAAUGAGGAAGGCUUGUUGUAUUUUGGGGCAGUGCUCCAUAUUCCUCAGCAUGUUGACAACCACACAUACCCACGAAUGAAGUGGAAAAGUGUAAUGUCACUGAAGAAAUCAAAUCAAGUCAGGCCACCACUUUUGGAAAAUGUGCCCGCAGUUUCAAAGUCACAGGAAGUACAAGCAAAGAAUGAAGUUGUAGCUGGAUCAGGGAAUACGGACUGUGAAGAAGACAAGUGGAGUGACUAUGUGCGACAACGGCGAGCCCCACAUAAACAUAUACCUUUUAAAACAGAUGCUGAGCUAGAGUCAACGGGUUCUGCCACAUACAUUGGCUUGAAAAGAAAUACAGAUGCAGGGCAACAGAUUGCAACAUCGAAUCAAACUCCAGCAGGAAACGUGGAGCAGAAAAGCACUAGUGCUUCACCCACUGCAGCAUUCCUUCAGUAUUUUAUUACAACAUCAAAGAGAGGCAAUGACAGCCAGAUUGAUCUGGAGCGCUUGAACACAUUGCUGGAAAAUGGAGCAGAUAUCAAUGCCACUGACAGAUAUGGACAGGGUGUUUUGCAUGGGGCUGCUCGAACAUGGCACCCUGAUGUUGCCAGGUUUUUGAUUGAGAGGAAUGCUAAUGUUAACAAGUCUGAUAACUAUGGCGUGACCCCACUGCAUGUGGCUGCAGCAACUGAUUAUCCUGAAAUGGUCGACUUUCUACUGGACUGUGAUGCGGAUAUUGAAGCAAAGACAACUGGAAUGAUGCAGACACCAGUCCACUAUGCUGCAAAGUAUGAUGCUGCUAGUUCCUUGAACUGUCUGUUGAAACAUGAUGCAGACAUAAACACUAGAGAUUACAAACAGCGAACACCUCUACAACUGGCAGCAGAACUUGAUCGAACUGAGUCAGCUCGACUCUUAUUGCAGUUUCAAGCAGAUGCAGGAACUCAUGAUAAUACAGGACAAUUAUGUUUAACUUUGAUGGCUGCAAACAUGCCUCAACUUGCACUUACAGCUUUGGAUCAAUUUUGUGUCAAGGAUAGAGCAAACCGAAAACAGUACUUCAUGCUGAAUAUGCUGAUACCCCAACCUUCAGAGACCAGUAACAGUCAUGCCAAGUCCUUACUUGAAGUGAUCGUUCAAUUUCGACAGCUGGACCUCAUUAUGCAUCCUGUCGUCCAAAAAUUAAUUACAAUUAAAUGGAAGCGCUUUGGAAUGAGAGGAGUAGGGAUAAUGCUGACCCUCAACAUCCUCUUCAUAAUUUCUUGGACUGUUCUGGGACUUAGUUCAUCACUGGCUAAUGUGAAACAACUUAGUUAUGAACUACCUGGUGACUGGUGGAGAGUUUUACUUGCCACCAUAGCCAUUGGGCUCACUGCCUACCAGAUUGGAGAGGAAUUCAUAGAAAUCCAGUCUUCAAAUACAAAGUUUUCUCGCUGGAAGGAGUGGAGAGCCCAGGAAAUAAUGAAAGAUCUAAACCUAUGCCACCCACGAUGGCCAGAGGAAGAGGCAUAUCUUAAGAAGCAGCUGACUGCACUGGAUGACAUGCAUCCUCACUAUUUCAACGAUUUUUGGAAUCUAUUUGAUUGGAUGGUCUACCUGUUGCUCUUUGCUCUGAUUGGGAUUUACAUAGCUGAUCUGUCAAUGACUAGUGAAACCAUUCACACAACUCACAUUCGACUAUGUGCAGUGACCAUCAUAUUCCUUUGGUUACGAGUCAUGAAACAUGUACGAGCAAUCAGGGCCCUGGGACCUUUUAUUGUGAUGCUUGGGAAAAUCAUUGUGGAUCUCCUGAAGUUCCUUUUUCUUUAUGGAGAGUUUUACAUUCCUUUUGCAUGUUCAUUUUGGAUAAUGUUUGGCGGCCUUGUACCAAAUAUGUCAACUAUACCCCAGAUGCUUUUUACUGUUUUUCGAAUUACACUGGUUGAUGAUUAUGGAUUUGAAGAUAUGUAUGCAAGAGACCCAGUAAUGGCAUAUUUACUCUGUGGAACCUUUCUUGGGGUGUCGAGCAUUCUUUGUAUCAAUCUUCUCAUAGCAUUACUUUCAGAUACAUUCCAAAGAGUGUAUGACAACGCAAAUGCUAAUGCAGCCAUGCAACAGGCUAGUAUUGUACUGUAUGUUGAAGACCACCUCAAUAAGAAGAGAAAGAAUACGUUUCAAGAAUUUAUACACACAUCAUGUGCACCUUUGGAGAUAUUCUUUGAUGAUGAUAUUACAAUAGAUCAAGAAGAUGAUCUCAAAAAAGUCACCGUUCAAAUAAAGGAAGAUAUUGAUAAUCUUACAAAUUUAAUGCAAAAGGAAGAAUGGGAAAGGGCUGAGUAUGAACAGAGUCCUGGACCUAGACGGGGCAAAGUAUUUUUUGGCAGAGGCCAAAGCCAAAAUCAAGAUGAAGAGUAA